AGCUACCGGCAGCCCCCCCUCAUUUCCUGCGGGACCCGGCGUUGCCUUGACAGCGGUGGAGGCGGCGGCGGGACCGGGACACGGCGGGACCGGGGAGCAGAACCGGACCGAACCGAGGGCAGCAGCGAGCAGGAAUCCCCACACGGGGCUCUGCCGGGGUUUCCCAUUCCCCGUGUGACACCAGGAUCAAACACCAGCAUCAAUACAAGUCUGCAAUACAAGUUUGGCUGGAGCUGAGAAACCACCUCCUGCACCUGCGUGAAUAGGGCUCCCACAGUGAGGAUAUAACAGCUGGAGGUACCGUGUAAAACGAUCCUUUGGUUUUUGUGUUCCAGCCCCCGGAGCCCCCUGCAGCCCCUCCAUGCCCAUAGUGCAGCCAGUGCUUCCCUCAUGAUGAGUUCUGAACUCAACGUCCCGGUGGAUCCUUCCACUCCUGCUUGCUGCUCUGAGCCUGGCACCAAGGGCAUGGAUUAUCGGGACUGGGUACGUCGCAGUUACCUGGAGCUGGUGACCUCCAAUCACCACUCUGUUCAGGCCUUGUCCUGGAGGAAGCUGUACCUGAGCCGAGCCAAGCUGAAAGCCUCCAGCAGAACCUCUGCUCUGCUCUCUGGAUUUGCAAUGGUUGCCAUGGUGGAGGUGCAGCUGGAGAUGCAGUACAAGUACCCACAGAUGCUGCUCAUCGCGUUCAGUGCCUGCACAACGGUGCUGGUGGCUGUUCAUCUCUUUGCCCUUCUCAUCAGCACCUGCAUUCUGCCUAACGUGGAAGCCGUGAGCAACAUCCACAACCUGAAUUCCAUCAGCGAAUCCCCACACGAGCGCAUGCAUCCCUACAUCGAGCUGGCGUGGGGCUUCUCCACCGUGUUGGGAAUCCUCCUUUUCCUUGCAGAAGUGGUGCUGCUGUGCUGGAUCAAAUUCCUGCCCGUGGACUCCAUCCUGAAGAAUGACACCACCACCAUCCAGAAGCCCAGCGGCCACGCGGGCUGGCAGGCAGCGCUGGUUUCCACCAUCAUCAUGGUCCCAGUGGGGCUGAUCUUUGUGGUCUUCACCAUUCACUUCUACCGCUCUUUGGUGCGGCACAAAACGGAGCGUCACAACCGAGAGAUCGAAGAGCUUCACAAACUGAAAGUGCAGUUAGACGGGCAUGACAGAGGCAUGCAGGUGGUGUGACGGGGGCUGAGGCUGAGGGCAGAAUGCCUGUUUGUUGCUGGAUGGUGGGGCACGCUGGUGGUGGGUUGUUUGGAGGCUUAAAUAUGUAAAUGCUAAUUGCCUGCCGUAUAUAGCUGUGGGUUCUAACGCUGUUUCAGACACCGCGGUUGCUGGUCCUACACACUUCUUGUACUUAAGUGGAUGCUGCCAUGGAAUUCGAGGUCAAAUCUUUAUGUUUACAUUGGUACAACUAGCCAAAAAUCCAUAUUGUGGUAUAAACACCAUGUUCUGUGGCCAAAAGUAAAACAGCAUCGGCUGUGUGUGUGUAGGACCUGUCUUAGUGUCAGAACUCCCUGUGCAGCAGCAAUUAAUGGGCAGUUUGUUUCUAGAGCUGAGCUGGUUAAUGAAGGUAUCUGCACCCAACCUGAGGACGUUUGGAAAGCGUAAUAGGAACUGUGAGUGUUCAUCAUCUUUGUUCCAAAGCGAAUGUUCCAUAAACAAAUAACCAGGAAGAAAUCAGCCUUAGCUUUUAUGUUCUUUUCUUGCUAUUCCUUUCCAUGCUUCUAUGAAUUCUAAAUGCAGGGGGCUGGGGACUUCUGUUGUUCUGUCUUCAACAGCAUCUGUUGCUUUAGACUGAACAGAUGCCAAGAUCACUUGGUUUUUUCCCAGUAAGAGCCCAGGGAAGGCUUACAGGUGUUUUAGUUUGAACAAGGACGUUAUUAAAACAGAACAGUGACAAAAUUUAAUGAGACGAAGCUUUGAAGGACUAGAAAAGUGAGUUUCAGGGAGGAAAAGUGGCAGCAGACAGUGGUAGGGACUCAUCCCUGUGUUGUUUUCAGUUAUGUCCUGUUGGGAUGUCUGUUUUUCUCAGUGUGCUGGAGUCAACAAGCCCCAGCCCUGUGUCUUUUUGCCAGUGCUGUUUGUCAGCUGUAGUGUUGGCCUGUUGAAAAGAACUGCUUCCUUCUCCCUCCACCAACCAAAGCAGCAGCUCCUUUGGGGAGCCUGGAGCUGCAGGGUGAGCUUGACAGAGCUGGACCCAGCGGAGAUCCAUGUGCCAUUAAUGAGCCAUCAUGUUUCACUUGGGCUGGCUUCUUUUCCAGCAUUAAAGAAAAAGACAUUCGCACGUCAGUAUGGCUUAGCAAGGGAAGCUUGUGAAUCCUGCAGCAUCCUUCUGGGCAAGAACUGCCAUACAAAGUAUUUCAAGAGAAAAAAGUGUUUUGCAAUCAUCAGCUCUUCUAAGAAACAUGAAGCUUUCUGACACGCGGCCGAAAGAAACAUAAGCCCAUUUGCUUGGCCCUGAUCCUAUGCCUAUUUCCUGCUCUGCAGUCAGAGUCUCCCAGCUCCCAGGCUCCUAAAAUCAUUCUGGAUGUUUGUAAUGUUCUGUUUAACGACGGUCUUUUCUUCCACUGGGAUCUGAGAAAUCUAAUGGCAGCACGUUCCAGCUUCCCAGAAUGGGAGGAGUACACACAGAUCCCAGUGAGGCUGUCCCUGUGCCUCUCUCUUCGAUGAGGGUCUUGGGAAACCAACUCUCAUUUCUCUUGUUUACAUGUAAGUUUGAGCAUUGCUGAACAAGUUGCUUAGCACCGUGUCUGUGCCUUUCAUCUGUUGUUCUUGCCGCAGUUGGCAUGUACCAUAUUGGCUGAUGUGCAGCAAAGAAAAUAGUCGUUGUGUGUGACAUGACCAGCCUGUACUUAUGCACAUAUGCAAAAAAUGAGGAGUGUCCUCCGGGAAGUUGGAUGGUCAUGACAUUCAUACCAUCCCCCAGCAGCCCGCCUCUCUUCCUCCUCUUCUUACCAAAAUAAAAGCUAAAGGUUUACGUAACGAAAUCACAGUUGGGUUUCCUGCCAAGUAUUACACACGUAGGCUCUUCUUCCAGCAAAAUCCCUACUGCGAAGCCAGAGCAGAUAGGAUUUGUGUCAUGUCUGUACUUUGCAUUUCUUUCUAUAACGGCUGUAGUAAUUGGUCUCUGUGCGCUGUGGCGCCCAGGAGGUUUGAAAUGGGUUGUAGAGGAAAGUAUUGUAGCAUUUCGGUUUUGUUUUUAUAUAAUAAAGAAAUGGUCAGAUUCC